CAAAGACAACUGAUGUUUACUACUUUAAGAAUCUCAUUAUGUAUAUUCAUUAAACUUUGUAUAAAAGAUUCAGGCCUUGUUUUAUGGACCCCGGCUUAAACAGGUAUUUAUUUAAAAGCUACAUAGGAUCGAAACUCCUAGUAUAAAAUCAGCCGCAGCCAUUUAUCUCGAUCCAUCAUCAGCUGGCACUAAGGUCUCAGAUUAACGUAUUAGACUGUAAACAUGAGCCUAGCUGAGUCCGAAUCUUCUAUCUGCAGGCCAGAAGCUUCUCCAGUAAGUCUGAUAGUUCGUAUUGUCAAGUCGGUCUUCCUGUAUUCAUUACAAGAGUAUCAUCACAAAAUAUCAUCAUGGCUUCCAAAUUUCAAGCAGACGGUAUAAUCCUCACGAUUCCUGCCGGAAACGGUCAGCACUGCUAUAAAUUCGACGUCGUUUAUUCGUGUGGACAUCCUGUCAUCGAAACACAUUUCGGCCACAUCCAUGACAAGGUUAUCCGCAUCAAACGAAAUGGCCACAGUGGUCCCUGCUGGGGGCGGCGGUGCGUCGUAGCGAUGAACACUUACUUUACUCCUGAGAAGUGUCAUUGUUGCGAGAUGUAUGACCUGAACUCUGAAGGCAUCCGGCCGUGAAAUUCCUAGAUAAUUAUUGGCUGUAGAGUAGCUGUCGAGUAAAUAGUAAGUACAUGGUGGGCGAUGUAAGCAACAAGGUAUGUUCUUAGUAGAUACUUUGAUCUAGUCUCGUCUAUUUUUGGCCCAGGGUGGUGUGUUCAAAGCCAGGC